GGUGGAAAACAAGUGCAAAUGCUUGGUAAUAGCUUCAGUUGCUUUUGAUUUGUAGGAUGGCUCGGUUAAAAUCUCUCUGCUUGCUGCUGCUGCCGGCCUUACUGAUGAAUUCGGUCACGUCAACUGACGACGAGGAUCAUGUCGUUAACCAUGAUGUGGACCCGGAUCCGGGUCGCAUAAAGUACAUAUGGAAUCCGUUUCUGGGCUUUUGCGGCGAGAAUGCCAGCAUGGUGAGGUGCGGUGGAGUCUGUCCCGAAACCUGUGCCUUCAAAUCGCUCAGGUGUCCCAAGUAUUGCGGUGUAAAUUGCGCAUGCAAACCUCGCUAUGUCUAUAGCGAACAGUUGAAUCUGUGCAUCCUAAAAUCUGAUUGUCCUAAAGACAUCGAGCAAAAGGUUGUGGAAACUCAUCGUGUUUUCCAGUAAAGGCCAGAAUCAUUUCUGUGUUAUAAAAAUAAAAUAAACUAAUGUUUGCAACUGAAGUGA